AGCGACAAUAAAUUAGUACAAAAAGUCACAUAUGAUGUAGUAGGCUGCAGAGUGAGUUAGUUCACAAUACAGGAGCUAAAAGCUUACAGGUCAGAUAGCUUAGCAAUAGCCCCAAAUAAUUUAGAUCAACUGGAAAUAACUGCAUUUCCAAAUAUGAAUAAAUCAGACUAAACAUAUCUGAAAGUAAGUAAGUAUCUAAGAAGUGUUUUGGGGGGGUUAAAGUUACACUAAAAAGCUAAACAUUAGCAGAAAGUGGUCAGUUAUAUUUAGUUUUCCCGGUGAUUGUAAUGAUGCUCCUGGGGUUGGGCUGGGCUGAAUACGUUGAUUAUACCGUGGUCUAAGGAAUAUACUACAAUAUUAUGGUUUACAAACUUAGCAUAAAAAGCAAGUAAGGCCAAAUCCCUGACAAAAAAGGGUUGACAGUUAACAAACGUUAGUUUAAAGGGUGACUUUACAAAGCGUUGAGACUGCGAGCAGGUGUGUAACGGUAGACACUUCGGUCUGCCUCGGGUUUCCUCGUGUUUCCCGCAAUGUGACGUAGACACUGUUGGGAUAUUGAUUAAAGUUGAAGAAUAGAAAAUAACUGUGAACAAACAGGCAUGAGAGAUAAAGGAAACUGAGAGGAGAAAGUGCUUCAGUCACGGCUGUUCGCGGAAGGAAACACAAACACAACGCGCCGUGUGAGUCCGGGAAUAAGAGAGCGAGGGAGGAAGGAGGGAGGGGAAAAGGGGGAAAAGGAGGAAGGACGGUGAGGAGUACAGUAGAAGGAGGGAGAAGUGCGAGGCGGAACGAAGGAGGGACGGAGAUUAAGCUGUGAGCGAGGAGCUCAGUCAACCUGAGCUCAGUGACGUUUCUCUCCUGCUCGUCUGUGAGAAUGAGCUGCAGAACAGGAUUUUCAGACUUUAUCCUCUGUCAGUGAACACAUCGCAGAGUACUUGCAGCCAUGGAGUGUCUGAAAAACUGUUGCAAGAAUCUGAUGAAGUACAAGGGCAGAGAGAUUGAGACUCAGGUGAUUAAAAUGAAGGUCCCUCCAACCAAGGCCUUGACUUCAGGCCUGGAAUCAGAUGAAAUAAAAAGGGGCAUUAGAGAAGAUUACCUCCUGUCCAAGCUGCCCCCUAAUGGCAGAGAGGUGCCGUUUGUUCUGCCGACAUUCAAGGCCUCAUACAUACAGCCCAAAGGAGCCCGCUUCCCAAACUUACAGCCUGGGCUACAGAGUUCAGCUCGAUGCACGUAUGCAGAGAGAAAGGCAGAGAUUCUGGGCUCCAGUCAGUUCACCUACAGCCCAGAGUCCACCUUCCAUCAGGGUCAGAUGUUUGAGUACGUUUCCCCUGGCUCUGCUCGACGAGACACGCUCAAGAAGAAAAUACCCGCUCCAAAAAGCCCAGUCUGGACCCUGAAGCCUGAGAGUCAGCAGGAGCGUCUGAGCAGCUCCAUGUUGGACCUGUCCAGUCCUCAGAGUCACAUACAGCGCUUCGACUCCCUCUCCAGCGUCCUUAGUGGAACGUCCUCAGCUAUCGGCUCGGUCGACAGCAGCCUGGACUCUGUCACACUGUCCGGUGACGAACGAGACUUUGGGAAAGUAUGCGUCCGGCUGAGCUACCAGGAGGAUUUGGAGCAGGUGUGGAUCACUCUAGUCCAGUGUUCAGACCUCAACCUCCCCGUGGACGGAGCAGAACAUCAAAAGAUCGGAUUCAAAGGCAUCAUCACUUUGCCCAAACCCAUAAACUUUAAAAGCACCGUCAAAGCGCACUGCCAGGAUGUGUCCUUCAUGGAGACCUUCGUUUUUGCCCUUCGUCUCCAGUCUUUGCGUUGCAGUGCUUUAGUGCUGCGGCUGCAGAUUCACACCCCCAAGAAACGUACGGUGGCUCAGUGUGUUCUGUCCCUGCGACAGCUCGGCCCUGAGGAGACGGAACACUGGUUGGACCUCAACACUCCAUCUAAAUCCUCAGUUUGUCACUCUGAGCUCCACCUGGCCACAUGCUUUCAGCCCGUCAACAGUCGCAUCCAGCUUCAGGUCCUUGCUGCCCAAAAUCUCCCAGCAUCCUCUUCGCCACUAACCCAGGCGUUUUUCGUAAAGGCCGAGCUGCACCAGUUGGGCCAGCUGGUGAUGAAGAAGAAGACUCGGGUGAUAAAGGCCACAGGAGGACAGUGUCAGUGGGCGGAGACUUUUCACUUCCAUCUGGCAUCUUUAGACGAGCCCUGCUCGCUGUCAGUCAGACUGUACAGUCGCAGCUCGGUCAGGAGGAAGCAGUGUCUGGGUCAGGUUUACCUCGGGUUCGACAGCUCUGUGUCUGAGGCUGUGGAGCUGUGGAAGGACAUGAUGGCUCACCCAGAGAAAGUGGUGGCAGCCUGGCACAGCCUCAGCCCGGCCUGAACCUCUACUCCAGAAACCUUGGCUUUUGUACGCACACACAGUGUGAUGCCCUCGUGCGCACACGUCUCGCUGGUCACAGUCCUGACUCUGAUGGAGCAGACCAUGAACUUUAAACGUCCUGGACCAGCAGCUGACCACAGAGGUGCUGCGGGGGGUCAGUGAUGGUUUGUUAUUAUGGGUAGUUGAACAAAGUGUAGAUACUGGAAACAUUUAUAAAUAAGGGAAAUAAAAAUAACAGUGUAGCCGAGUGACUUAGCUGUUAGCUUGUUUAUAAAACUGUAUUUUUAUGAAAGAGUCUUUUAAUGAAGGCAUUGUCACUUUGGCUAAAUACAUAGAAGGUUAACAAACAGAUUAAUGACAACGACAUGUACUGGAAUAAAAAAAUCAUAAAUGAGUCUGUUUCUAAAAACCUUUCUUCUUAAGAAUGCUGCCAUUUGAUGGUUUGUCAGAUAAGAGAAUCCAUAUUUAUAAAUCGUCAGAGUUUUUCUCUAAGUCCUUCUGUGAUGCACCCAGUGAUCCAGGUUUAAGACAGUCAGAGGACAGAGAACAACCCUGGGUACCUGGAACUUUCAGGUCUUUCUGUCUUACAGUUGUUCUGACAGAUUCACGGCUCAAUUCAGAUUUAGAGUCAAGAAAAUGCCUUUUACUGUCAGCGGACUCAGCUGAACCUGGUGAUCAAGGUCCUAUUAAUGUCAUGGAGAUAUCAGUUGGCCUGAAAUUGACCUGUGUAUUUUUAAAAUGUAAUAACAGAAGAUGUUUGAUGAACCAAUUAAAGGAAAACACACGCAG